AUGCUAUUAGAAGCUGUCAAGCAAACAGAAAAUAUUAAGAUAGUUGAUUUGAAAUUUUUAGAGCCUGGACAUACGCACAUGGAGUGUGACUCCAUGCACGCAUCUAUUGAACGUGUAACAGAACAUACGAAAAUCUUUUGGCCCAAUGAUUGGUUAAAUGUUCUCCGACUUGCAAACAAAAAGAAGCCCUACAGAGUAAACAUAAUGACACAUAGUGACUUCUUGGAUUACAAAGGAUUAAAGGACAAAAUAAUGAUAAUCACAAAGAAAUCUGAAGAAGGCGAAAAUGUUAAUUGGAAAGAGAUUAAAUGGCUACGAUUUCAGAAAGAUACACCUACCAGUUUUCAGUACAGAAAUGAGUACUGGAAAGAUUUUAAGAUUGUGAAUGUGACAAGACUAGGAAGAAAAUCGAUAACUUCAACUACCAACCAAAAUUUGAAGCCGCUGUAUAAUACCGUUUUACCAAUAAGUAAGAAAAAAUUCCAAAAUUUACAAGAAAUGUGUCACUCAAAAGACGCUGUCAUUCCGAAGGAAUUUCACGCAUUUUAUAAAGCCCUAUAUUUUGAAAAACCGUUAGGAUCAAACAACAAUUCUGAUGACGAUUCUGAUGAUGAAAUUUGUUACGUCGGAAAUCACGAAGAAAUUUUUAGUUUCGCUUCUUAG